CUGUCUUCGCUUAGGCUUACUAGGCUAAGUAAUGCUACAAUAACCGUUCUAACCCCUUUAGUUGCGCCUCAACCUUUCAAGUUUUCCAGACUAAUUCACUACACUCCUCCGCUCAACAAGGAUUUUUACAAAAUUCUCGGUGUCCCGAAAAAUGCCUCAAGUUCCGAUAUAAAGAAAGCCUAUUACCAGUUGGCAAAAAAAUAUCACCCAGAUGUUAAUAAGCAUGAUAAGACUGCCUCUCAAAAGUUUCAAGAGGUCAGUGAGGCCUACGAGGUGCUUGGUGAUGAGGAAAAAAGACGAGCCUAUGAUUCCUACGGCCAAUCGGCACCUGGAGGAUUCUCUUCGGACAGCCAUUCUCAAGGUUUUGGCCAGUACUCUCAUGUCGAUCCGGAAGAAUUGUUCCGACGUAUAUUUAAAGAUAGCGAUUUCGCUUUCAAGGAAUGGACGAGUGGUGAUCGCAAUUUUGCGGAAUCAAUAUUUGGGUUUAACAGAUCGCAGGAAGUUGUCGUUAAUUUGACCUUUGAAGAGGUACUAAUCCUAAUUGUUGAGCUUUCCUUGGUUCUUCACACGCAGUGUCUUUUGUUGUUUGCCCGACAUGUGAGGGUUCUCGAUGCCAACCAGGAACAGGGACAAUGGCAUGCCCCAACUGCCGAGGCACAGGAGCGGAAACCGUCAGCACAGGCCCCUUUGUUAUGCGGUCAACGUGUAGGCGUUGUCAAGGCACAGGAACUGUUGUUCGGUACCCUUGUCGGGCAUGCGAGGGCACGGGCCAAACUGUCGGCCGACAGCAAGUAA